ACACCGCUCGCGCCCACGCGCGCGCACACCUCGGCCGGAGCAGCGGCGGGGGCGGGGCCGAGACGCCCCGGCCAAUCAGCUGCUCCGCCUGCUCCCAGGGCAACGUUCCACGGCGGUGGCCAGAAGGGUCGGGCGGCGUUUGCAAGCGAGCCGGAGCUGCCGAGGAGGGUCCGUCGCCGAGUGCAUCUCCCCUCCCGGUAAGGGCGAAGAAGGCGCGCUGUGCCGCGGGGCAGGUAGGUGCAUGGAUGGUUUUAUGUGUGUGCGCGCGCCCUCGGCGCCAAGGCCGUCGUUAUGCAACUGGUGGCGGUGCGCGGGGCCGUGCGCUCCGUGCAAGCGCGGCUCCUCUGCGCAACAAAAGGCGGCUGCACCCUUCGGGGAACAAUGCAUAGAGCUCUGCUGCUGCGUCUGCGUCCUCUAGGCAUUGCGCGGAGGCCUCUUCUUGCUGCUGCCGCUGCCUCUGGUAUUUAAAUGCAGCAAUUGCUUUAGAGGUGUGUGCCCCUUCUUUUUCGCAAAGGCGCACCUCUCCGCUUCGAGACAAAGGAUCCUCGGUAUGCUGCCGUCAUGGCUCGGGCCGAGCCCGUUGCAUCUGCCAUGAUCAGGGUGUCGGGGCUGGCGUGCUGCUGGCAAGGAGAGAGAGAAAUGGAUGCAGACGUUGCCGAAACCAAUGCACGGUGGUGGUGGUGGUGGUUGCUAGUGCGUGGUUGCUGAACGCAAAAAAGUGGCUUGAGCUGUGCGGAGCUUGGGGUGGUAGUGGUGAAAUAGACGUGCAGUUUUGCUUGGCCCACACUGGGGUGUGAGCCGGAGGAGGAGGAAACGAUGUUUACCUUUCCCCCAUAUAUACUGCACCCCAUAGAGACGUACAGUAGUUGUGUAUCCUGUUGCAAAGCAGGAAUGCACCCCGAGGCGUGCACAUUUUAAGAACGUGGUGAAACAAUGGCCUCUCGCCCUGGGAGCAAACUGUUGGGAAAGAGUUCUUCUCCGCUUUCUUUUAUAGUCAGAUGUUGUUUGCAAGCGACAUGCCCGUAUACUUGCCACUAAAGCCGUUUUAGAGCUUUGGGUUUAGUGGAGCUAGCGCCCCAAACGCCUCCAGUCCUAAAAAGUUCAACUCUCGAGAAAGGAUGCAGUUUUAUUGCGAGAUGAGCCUCGGUUGAUUUACUGGGACAGUGAUUAAUUUCCAAGUAUGCACAUUUUUUUUAACGCCCUAAGUCUAUGUGCUGAUUGAUGUGGCUUCGGUCUUGUACUCAUUUUUCUUGAGGAUCUUGCUCCCACAGCUUCCUCAACCUCAGCCCUCCAGAUGUUUGUGGCCUACAACUCCCAUGAUCCCUAGCUAGCAGAACCAGUGGUCAGGGAUGCUGGGAAAUGUAGUCUCAAAAACAUCUGGAGGGCUGAGGAAGCCUGGUCUUGAGAAUAAUUGUUACUGUGUGUGUGUGUGUGUGUGUGUGUGUGUGUGUACAGUCAAUUUACAUUAAACUAUAUUCUCAUUUGGGGACUCAGGUGGGUGAGUAUGCACAUAUAGGAGGGACCAGAGCAUAACUGAACAUUGUUUUCAAGGAGGCAUCCUUCACCAGUCAGGUAUUACGCGUCUCCUAGUACAAUAAGGAAAAUGCAAAAGGGAAAAUGGAGUGAACGUUCUGUUUAAAAUUGACAACGCACUUGCUAGUGUCUCCUUGGCAAUAAGACUCGGACCUGACACAGGCUUUCCACAAAGUCUCUAUUCCCAACAUAAUGCAAAUUAUUCUCAUCCUUGGUGUCAGUCAUUUCUUGAAUGACAAAACUGGAUCCCAUUAUUAAGAAGAUGCAAUGGAACUCCCUUUUUAAAAAAAGAAGGCUGAGUUUUAGGAAAUUGACGAUCUUACACCCUCUCAUUUUCUUUCAUCCAAAAUAUAAACAAAGCUUGGGGUCCUUUACCUAUUUACCUGUUCUUAAAUUGACCUUUUUGCGUGUACAGAAUUCUGUGACUGAUUUUACAUUGCGUAAAGUGCAUUGAAAUAAGCAUUCAGUGUGUGUUUUUAAGCCUGAUGUUUAGGUAAUGUUAACUACUGUUGACAUUUUAUGCUUAAAUUCUGAGUAUUUCUGAGUAGGGAAUUGACUACACUUUCUAUCAAACUUAUUUCCCUCCCUAAUUUGGGGGGGGGGGCUGGCUUAUUUCUUCUAUGGAAUGUCAUAAAAUUGAUCUGUGAUUGACUAACUGCAUAAAAUUGCAGCAACCUCUAAAACUGACAGCUUAUAAACAUUCAAAAAGCUUAUUUAACGUCCAUCAGCCUUAACUCUUUGUUUGCAGGGGAGGUGUGUGUGUGUGUGUGUGAGAGAGAGAGAGAGAGAGAUGUGGAAUUUUUGUUGCUUUGAAGGCAAAUGAAACUAAAGUCUGUUGAAACUAAAGUGCCUCUGAACACGAGCACUUCUUAUACACUAAGCCACAAACAUUGCUGCCAGGUAGGGAUAGGUCUACUUGUAAAAAUGGAGAUACUGUGCGUGUAAUUUUGCAGCGCAGUUAAAAAGCAAGCCAGGAGUUGGUGAUACACUGUUUUGAAAUACCAGAUAUCGUUUUAACCUAUGAGAAAGAUGCUAAAGGUGUUUUGUGCAGCAAUUACUUGUUAUGGUCACGUCUGUAGUCUUCCAGUGGUAUGUAGAAUGUAACAGGUAUCCCUGACAAAGCGUAAUUUCUUUCAACCUUUCUGCAAUAUUACUUUUCAGAAUAAGAAAAGAAGAUGAACGUCGGGGUUGCCCACAGUGAAGUAAACCCCAACACAAGAGUAAUGAACAGCAGAGGAAUGUGGCUCACGUACGCUCUUGGGGUUGGCUUGCUCCAUAUUGUCUUGCUGAGCAUCCCGUUCUUCAGUGUUCCGGUUGCAUGGACCUUAACCAAUGUUAUUCACAAUUUGGUAAGUACCCUACAAAGCAACGGAGAAAGAAAGGUGAUACUAAGAUACCUGUUACGAGGUAGAGGCCCGGGAAGGCUCCUUUCCCAGAAAACAAUUGAGACUGUUGAAUAGUGUCUUGAAAUUUGUCAAAACAGAAAUGUCAUUGGAGUCAAUCCAUUCCGUUCCCGAGACGAUAGAUAACAUGUUUAAUCUCAUCGUCUGGAUACAGAAUGAUCUGGGGGGGGGGGCUCUUAACGCACCCAAGGACAUAAAACAGGAACAAAAAUAAACAUUAGGAAUAUUCAAAUAAGAUGGCCAUUGAAAGCACUCUUGCUCAUCUGAAAACUAGUGAGGAAUUUAAAUGACUUCAUUGGACCUCUAGAGCAACAAUUGCGUUCAAUCCAGGGCGCUGCAUUCUCCCCAGCUAAGCUGCUUGAGGGUUGUGGGUCCCCUCCUGAUGGUGGUGUUACUUGCGUGUUGAGGCCCCCCCAGGACAACCCCAAAUAAAGACACAGUUCACACAACAUCUUUGUUUUGGUUUUUGGCAUAAUUUUGGCCACGACAUUAUUGAAUUACAGUAUGUGAGUGGUUGCUUAGGCAUUGGUUAGUGACUAUCUGUUCCCAUAUAGAGGUAGGAACAGAACUGACAACCGCAAGCCUGCGGAAGUCAGUAAGGGUAGACAUUUUUGGGGAGAGAAUAGAGCUGGGUGCCAGGCUCUCAGCUCUCCCCAAAUGCUCCCAGGGGCUCUUGCGUGGCCCUAGCCCCUUGCCAGGGGUUCGGACAAGAGCAGGGCGGGCCCCUGGAUUCCUUUACCGGAAUACCCUUGCAGCAGCAGCAUUGGAGGGGCAGGCACAGCCAACCACAUCCCCUCCACCAACCAAAAUUAACCAAUGCCUAACUGCAACCUUAACUGCAACCUUACAAGUUGUGACGAUUUGCUACGUAGUAGGCAAAAAACCAAAUGGCAGCAGCCAAUCAGCCAAAUGGUAAAAAUUCCUACCAGGCCCCUGCUCCAAAGCAGACGACCCCAUGACAGGCAUAGCAAGGUCAGCACGAACAAACCCUAAAUAUAGGGAGGGUGGACGGGUAAUCCGAUGUGCGCAGCGAAAAGAGGAAGCUCAACACUGCGCACAGGGAAUAAAUAGCACCCCCAUCAAUCAAACAAUUUUGCAACAUUAAAUCCCCCCCAGCAACAAUUGGAGGUGUAGGUGUCCUAUCAAAUUCAUGGCCAUUCAUACUAACCUGCCCAGCAACAGGGGAUGUCAUGGUUGCCCCCACCGCAACACGUGCUCUCUCAAGAACCUAUGGGCCACUUCCCUACUGGCCUGCGUGUGCUUCUCCCUUUGAAAAUGGCCAGAGGGGCUUCUGGGGUCCUCUUGCAUUUCUUAAAGGAGUAGGCACUUAACCACUGCAAGAAAAGAAGCCUGCUCUCCAACUAGCUCCUCCAUAGAGGAAUGGGAGAGUUCUGCAGAGGUCUCUGUGAAGACAAUGGGGCUCUGGGUUAAUAAUUUCCCAUUCUUUGUGGAAAGGACACCAGUUAGACAGGGAAAGCAAACAGAGACCAAUAACACCGGUCUUGAAAGACCUACACUGACUCCCAGUACGUUUCCGAGCACAAUUCAAAGUGUUGGUGCUGACCUUUAAAGCCCUAAAUGGCCUUGGUCCAGUAUACGUGAAGGAGCAUCUCCACCCCCAUCGUUCUGCCCAGACACUGUGGUCCAGCUCUGAGGGCCUUCUGACGGUUCCCUCGCUACGAGAACCCAAGUUACAGGGAACCAGGCAGAGGGCCUUCUCGGUAGUGGCACCCACCCUGCGGAACACCCUCCCACCGGAUGUCAAAGAGAAAAACAACUACCAGACUUUUAGAAGACAUCUGAAGGCAGCCCUGUUUAGGGAAGCUUUUAAUGUUUGACGGACUAUUGUAUUUUAAUAUUUUGUUGGAAGCCACCCAGAGUGGCUGGGGAAACCCCGCCAGAUGGGCGGGGUAUAAAUAAUAAAUUGUUGUUGUUGUUGCAUGCUCCUUCUCGACUGUCCAGCGCUAACUUCACAGAGAUGGGGUUAGGUUGCAAGCCAUACCUUACUGAAGCAACCACCUUCAUAUAGAUGAGCUUUGAUCCUUGUGUGCAACUGCAGGUUUUAAUUUUGCAAACGCUUUGCAAUUGUUUGGCACAACAGGUUAAGCAUGCAGUAAAAUCUUAAUGAGAAAUGCUAUGACUGCCAUAUUCCCCUGGAUAAACAAAGUGCCACCUCAGGGCCUAGGCCUCUGGGGUCAUUAGAAAGGCCCGAGAGACUUAGCUGAUGCAGGCAAAUCUUUGAAUAAUGUUAUGCAGGGAGGCAUUUGGUUGAUUAAAGCAAGCCAAAGUGGCUUCUUAUUUUGUUUACCUUAAAUGUCACAUUUAAAGAGUCAAAUUUAUAACUUCUGACACAAGAGGCAUCUUGGGGAAUAUUACUAAGUGCCGCACCUAUAAAAACAUCUCAGCUGUGAUGAAUUACUCCUGGCCAGUAUUAAUGCUGCCUGUAGAAUUAAGUGUCGAUUGUGACAAGCAGAUAACUUGCUCGAUUUCAGGCACUAUGAAUGGAGAACUGUGAGAUGUUAGACUUAAAAUAAUUUGCACAUUAUCUGCUAUUAAUUAACCUGUAGGUUGUAGGGAAGUGAGCUGCUUUUACUGUACUGGAGUAACACACAAAGCUCCAGAAACACACUGGCCAUUAUUUUUAAAACUAUUGCUUUCUAGUACCAGCUUAUAGACUACCUUUUCUUUUGCUCUUCUCUGAGGAAAAAAUCUCUAGUGCUGCUCCUAAAAGCACCUGGAGCAUUAAAAUAGUCUUCCUGUACUUUUUGAUGUUGAAAAGGGAACAAAUGAUAUAUGAAGAAAGGGAGUUCAUGUGGGGAGGCCACAACAGCAAAGUCAUAUUUCGGGCCCUGCCUUCAAUUUGCACCUUCAGUUUGUGGUUGAGGGGAAAAAGGUGAUUUAGAGUGAAGAUUCAGGAGCCGCCUUGUCCUGCCGUGCCCUUUAGGUAUCACAGACUUGAUAAUUUUAUUUAUUGAAAACAUUUACAUGCUGCUUAACGUUUCAGAAACUUCCCAACUGGGUGCAGCCUGGGAAUUGACCCUGUUUUGCACAAAACCAAUGCAAAAAUCAAAGGGAGAACCUUACAAAACCAUUUUGACUUUGAAACCCCUGGAAGAUGGGCGGUUGGAAUGCUAUGUUCUCCUUCAAUUGAAGGGAGUGCAAUGUUGAGGACACUCAACACCCUUGACACCUAAAGAGACAUACUUGAGAAAUAAACGACUUGUUACUUGAGAGCUCCUAUUGUGAAACUCACCGGUGCAUCACUGUCCCUACCUCAAAUUGCCUUUAAAUCAGCUUAUUUGGGUCGCACCCCCAGUUGCGAAUUUCUCCAACAUUGGUGUGACUUUCAGCUCAAUACUGGGCAGUUCUAUUCAGAAACAAAGCCUGGGAUUUACCGUAUUUUUCGCUCUGUAAGACGCACCAGACCACAAGACGCACCUAGUUUUUGGAGGAGGAAAACAAGAAAAAAAUAUUCUGAAUCUCAGAAGCCAGAACAGCAAGAGGGAUCGCUGCGCAGUGAAAGCAGCAAUCCCUCUUGCUGUUCUGGCUUCUGGGAUAGCUGCGCAGCCUGCAUUUGCUCCAUAAGACGCACGCACAUUUCCCCUUACUUUUUAGGAGGGAAAAAAUGAGUCUUAUACAGCAAAAAAUACGGUACUUAACAUUGCUGCCUUCCAACGUUAGUGUUGGUGCCCCCCUCUGUGCAGAUCAGCUGAAGAGAAGGGAUCAUCACAUGUUCAGUCUGAUGGGCAGGGAAGUAGCAAUCUGGAUCCCCAUUAAAGCCCUAAAUAGAGUAGAGAACUUUAAACCUCUCCCCUUCGCCUCAUUCAGUGUUAUGUGUACUUUAAUCCCCACCCCCUUUUUGUUGUUGUUCAAAAUCAGAGGGGUCUUGCAGGGCCAAAAAUUUUGCUUUGGCUGAAGUUAGCCACCCCCAUUCAUAGGGUUUUGAGAAAGACCACACAGUCCGUUUCUUUAUCAACUAUUCAACUUUUCCAAAAUAAUAAGCUAAGGAGGGUGUGACAUGGAGGCUAGCCACUGAGGACAAUCACCAUUUGUCUUGCCAUUUCUGCGUAGUCAUUUGUCAAGCAUGGGCACAUAUGCAAACACAGAACAAAUUCCUCUUUUCAUUCAAUAGCAGUUCUUAAUGUGGCAUGAUUAUUUCUCACAGAGAUUCUGUGUGGUUUUCUAAUAAUGCCAUAGCUUGCCUUCUUUUAUUUUAUUUUUUCUCCGCAGGGAAUGUAUGUAUUUUUGCAUGCUGUAAAGGGGACACCAUUUGAAACACCUGACCAAGGUAAAGCAAGACUGCUGACGCACUGGGAGCAGCUGGACUACGGCGUGCAGUUUACAUCCUCCCGGAAAUUCUUCACAAUCUCUCCAAUUAUUUUGUAGGUUUCUUUGUUUAUUUCAAGUUCAACUACGGCAGUGUUUGUAGUCUGGAAAUUGUGAAACAGUAAUAUUUGAUGUGAAAAAUCAGUUACUGCAUAGGGUAACAAUGUGUGAAAUCUGCAAAAAAUAAUAUUGGGGUCACAUGUUUUACACAAUCCUUUACUUGUCUACUCAGAAGUAAGUCCCACUGAGUUCAGUAAUUCCUCAAACAAAAGAACUCAUUUUUUUCUGUUUAGCUGCUUAGAAACAUAAUCUUAUUGCUGUUCCUGCCCUCAGGAAACACACACCUACUGUAGUGAAGACUCUUUUGAUUGUUUUUUCCUAUUCUUGGAUCUUUCGUUUCCACCAACUAAUGCAGUAUCCAUGGUAUUCUAAACCAGAGUCAAACUUUGAGCAACCUUAUUACAACGAUUGGUAAUGCUCACAAGUAUUAAGAAUGCUCCGUGGGCACUCUAUUGAACAUUUGUUUUCUGAAACAAGCAAGGUAGCAACCUAGAUUGUGAAACAUGAACUAUACAGAGGAAUGCAUUUGUCCAUUGGCAGCUCAGUAGGUAUUGCAAAUAACGUUAUGCAACAACCUGAAAUAUCUCAAGUAGACUGCUGGCAUUCAGCUACAGUAUAUAAACCGUUUAUACCGUAGUAUAAACAUGGCAAUUUGUUGUAGGUAAGUCACUGUCUUGUCUGAAUCCUUUAGCUUCCUACUCGUUGUAAUGAUUUAUGAGAUAUUGUAUAUGAUGGUUUGAGUGCUUGGGGAAAGUGCUUUUGUGAAUGGAUGCUAAUUGUCUUGCAAGCCACAUACCAGAAAGUCUAACCCAGCGGUCAGCAACCCUUUUCAGCCGUGGGCCGGUCCACUGUCCCUCAGACCAUGUGGUGGACUGGACUAUAUUUUGGAAAAAAAUUAAAAUGAACAAAUUCCUAUGCCACACAAAUAACCCAGAGAUGCAUUUUAAAUAAAAGGACACAUUCUACUCAUGUAAAAAGACGCUGAUUCCCAUACUGUCCGCGGGCCAGAUUUAGAAGGCGAUUGGACCACAUCCGGCCCCCGGGCCUUAGGUUGCCUAGAGGUAAAGGUAAAGGGGCCCCUGACCAUUAGGUCCAGUUGUGACCGACUCUGGGGUUGUGGCGCUCAUCUCGCUUUAUUGGCUGAGGGAGACGCCAUUUGUCCGCAGACAGCUUCCGGGUCAUGUGGCCAGCAUGACUAAGCCGCUUCUGGCAAACCAGAGCAGUGCACGGAAACCCCGUUUACCUUCCCGCCGGAGUGGUACCUAUUUGUGUACUUGCACUUUGACGUGCUUUUGAACUACGUGGGCAGGAGCAGGGACCGAGCAAUGGGAGCUCACCCCGUUGCGGGGAUUCGAACCGCCGACCUUCUGAUCAGCAAGUCCUAGGCUCUGCGGUUUAACCCACAGCGCCACCCGCGUCCCAGGUUGCCUACACCUGGUCUAAUCUCUUUAAAGUUCCUGUGACUUCUGCAGUUGGAAAUAUUUUGUAAUAAAUGCAUAUUCUUUGCUGAGAUUUUCCCCUUGAACCAAUUGUCAGUUCUGAAGUGGUAAUUUUAUGCAUGCCCUUCAUUAAAAAGAAAUUUCUUUCCUUCUGCCCUGUAUUCACUCCCCCUUUGUUUUUCUGCAGGUAUUUCCUGGCAAGCUUCUACACAAAAUAUGAUCCGGCACAUUUCAUCCUAAACACAGCUUCUCUCUUAAGCGUACUUAUUCCGAAGUUGCCACAGCUGCACGGAGUCAGAAUCUUUGGGAUCAACAAGUAUUAAGCAGGAGAAACGAAACUAAGAGCAAUCUGACCAAAACGUGGCAUUGGCUGCUUGUUUCCCUUGGCGGAAGGAACAGUUUGCAGUGCCACUUCUCUAACAAUCUACAACAAGACUUUCUACUCCCAAGAUGUGUGCUAUUCUUUCAAAGCUAUACGGGAGAGGAGUAAGACUUUCUCAAGACGUAUCAAACUUAAGUGGUAUAUCUUUGGAGGAAAGGCUUUGCAUAAGGAGCUGGGCAGGCCUAGUUCUAUUAUGUUAGGUGCACUGGCAGGAUAUAUGCCAGGCUAGCAUAAAUGAGUCUCAAAAGGAGAAUGAGUAAUUUGAUUGAAGCAUAGGCAUAAUGUUUCACAAGCCUAAGACAGCUGUGGUAACGCAAAGUGCAUUAGGAAAAGAAGGGGAAUUGCCCAAGUUCUCCACUGUAAGAGAUGAGUAUGGUUUAAAUGCUGUAAAGUAGCCAGUUAAUGCUUUUUGGGUGUUUUUUAAUGUUAUUAUUUUACAUCCAGGAUUUUAUCUCCAGCUGCAGGAGUUGCCAGGUUAAGGCAAGUGCUGUGACUCCAUUGUAAUGGAUUUCAUGCCUUAUCGGUUCAGGGGGCUGAGGUCAAAUUUAAAGUCUUUGUUUCAUACCAAUUUCAACCAAUCAAUAAUGUUUUCCAGACAAAGCUGAUCGUUCUAAAACGUUCAGAGUAUCUAAACUUACAAAAUGAUCUGUAGAACUGGGUUCUUUUCCGCUUUGGCUGACCUUAGUGGUUGGGUUCAUUAAGACCGAGAUAUUUCGCCUUCAGUGUAAACCGCUAAAUAAUUUUUCACUUCCAGAGAUGGCUCGCAAAAAUGAGAGCCCUGUUUCAGCUAAUAGAAACACUGUCUCCAGAGGAAUAUCUGGCCUUGUACAGGCAACAACCAUUUUGCAUGGGGGUCGUGGGCCUGACCCCAGUGUUCGUUGGCUGAGUUCGCAUAAGCCCGCUCUGCUCUGUUGCGCCCAUGCCCCCUUUUCCAGAUACUUCCUCGUCGCACGUGUGCAGUCACACACAUAUUGGACACGUGCAAAACAUUCAUUGCCUGUACUCGGCUGGAAAUUGCCACGCAAUGGGAAACACACAACACCAUAUUGUGCUCCACCCCCUUGUGCUUUACGCAAGUUGUGAAAAUUAAGGGUGGACUGCAGGCUUGAUUAGAACUGUAAACUGGGGGAUUUUUUUUCCUUAAGAGCUUAAGGUCUUUGUUUCAGUGUUUGGUACUACCACGCCCUGUAUCAGCAUAUGCACAAACAACCUGAUGUGGCAAAUACCUCUUGGAUAAAUCAUUUUGUGUGACCCAAGGAAGAGGCUUGUGUUUCCCCCUGUUGAAUGGGGAAUGGCUGUGACUUGGUAGCAAAGAAAAGCACCUUGCUUCAAUUAAGACUCUGCCUCAUUGACUUCAAGCUAGUAGUGAUUAUGCACUAAUGGGCUACUUUCAAUAAACUAUACUUUCCUUGGACUCUGGAAAUGUCUGUUAAAAUAUCAAUGUUUUAUAUUAAUAAAAUGAAUGACUUUGAGACUGAUCAUAUCAGUACAGUGCAUUGUUAAGUACAGUUCGCUGUACCAAAAUAAGAAGCAAGCAUAACGAAUUGUAAAUAGAAUUAUAGUUGUAAUGUAGGGCUAGUGUUUGAAACACUACAUACUAAAAAUGUAUGAAGAAUUGAGUAAGAAGCAUUUUCAACAAUUAUCUAAGACAUUGAUGUGGUAAGGGUUUUCUGUCUGCCUUUUGACAUUUCCCCUCAAAUCUGAUUUCUGUGAUUUAUUCAGAUUAAAGAAUAAAUGCCCUAAGAAGUC